CACGGUCCCAGCCUGCCCCGCGCCGGCCAACGAGAGCAAAUCCAGUGACUCACCUCCGCCGCGCUAACUCCGCUCGCGCUCCCCUCACACACGCUCACGCCCGGCUCGAGAUGGCGGCGGCGGCGGCAGCGGCGGGGGACUCGGACUCCUGGGACGCGGACACGUUCUCCGUGGAAGACCCGGUGCGGAAGGUGGGGGGCGGCGGCACCGCCGGCGGGGAUCGCUGGGAAGGCGAGGACGAGGACGAGGACGUCAAGGAUAACUGGGAUGAUGAUGAUGACGAAAAAAAAGAGGAAGCAGAAGUAAAACCAGAAGUAAAAAUUUCAGAAAAGAAAAAAAUAGCAGAGAAGAUAAAAGAGAAAGAACGACAACAGAAGAAAAGGCAAGAAGAAAUUAAAAAGAGGUUAGAAGAACCUGAAGAACCUAAAGUGUUAACACCAGAAGAACAAUUAGCAGAUAAACUCCGGCUAAAGAAAUUACAGGAAGAGUCAGACCUCGAAUUAGCAAAAGAAACUUUUGGUGUUAAUAAUACAGUUUAUGGAAUAGAUGCUAUGAACCCAUCUUCAAGAGAUGACUUCACAGAGUUUGGAAAGUUGUUAAAAGAUAAAAUUACACAAUAUGAAAAGUCACUAUAUUAUGCCAGUUUUUUGGAAGCCUUAGUUCGAGAUGUGUGUAUUUCAUUGGAAAUUGAUGACUUGAAAAAGAUUACCAAUUCAUUGACUGUGCUUUGCAGUGAAAAACAGAAGCAAGAAAAGCAAAGCAAAGCCAAAAAGAAGAAGAAAGGUGUGGUUCCAGGAGGGGGAUUAAAGGCCACCAUGAAAGACGAUCUGGCAGAUUAUGGUGGUUAUGAUGGAGGAUAUGUACAAGACUAUGAAGACUUCAUGUGACAUUUUAUCUUCUCCUGGUGUCUUCUUUCUGUUGCCCACAAUCCCUUCAACAUGUAGCACAACUUCCUUUCCUUUCAGUUCUGCCAAAUGCUACAAUCAGAAGUGCAGUAUCUUUUGUGCUGGUAAUUUAACCCCUUGACAACUUAGGUGCUAAUGUGCAAAAGAGGGAACUUGGAUCUUGCUGCCAAGGGGUGAAAAUUGGGAACCUCAGUUGCUACUAAAUCAUAGUUUAAAAAAACAAACCUAAUAAUGUUGUCAUUGUUGCUAUCUGAUUCCAUAGCAGCAGUCACUAAAUUGGAAACAAAGGUUGCAGCACGACAAAAAAUUGUGUAGUAUUUACCAGCACCCUUCAGUAAUACAGCCUUAACCAUACCUCCUUGAACUACUUCAUAACUUGUCAAGAAAAGCAGUUUGCAGCAAGGGCAUGUGGUAUGCACCUAGUAUUAUCAUUGCUUUGUCUUAAAAUUGAGCGUGAGGAUAUUAAAAAUACAUUGUGAAGAAGACUGCUUAUCUCAGAGUGAAGAUACAGCGGCUGAAAAGCACUCGUUUGAUACUUAAAAAUUAAAUGACCAAAACCCUCCAACUUUGAAGCUGAAGAACGUAAACCUCUCCAAUAUUGCAUUACAAGUUGUGGAAUCUCUUGAAUGCAUAGACUGUCCAGUUUAUAUUUAUCAGACUCUUCUACUGAUGGAGUGCUUCACAUGGGGGAGGGAAACUCUUUACCUGUUUUAUUUGCCUGAUUUAAGUGUCUGAGAAACAAAUAUCCUUUGUUUUCCUAGGCUGCGAUGGAAUAACUUUAACAGGGUUUUGGCAUUUCCUUUCCUUUAUAAAACAUGCUCAGCAAACUGCACCAGUUAACUACAGUUUGGUAAAUUGUUAUGUUAACAAUUAUGACAUCUGCAAUGUUUUAUAAAGCAACUAAUUUAAUAAAAUCACUAUUGUGAGGACUUAAA